UCUUUAGCUCUCUGCUCUCUGUAGCUGCCAGGAUGGUCGUCCUGAGAGGAAUCCCCUCUGUUUUAUCACCCGAACUGCUCUAUGCUCUCGCUAAAAUGGGCCACGGGGAUGAGCUGGUGCUGGCUGAUGCAAAUUUCCCAGCAUCUUCCAUUUGUGCUUGUGGUCCUAAAGAGAUCAGAGCUGAUGGUUUGGGUAUCCCACAGCUUCUGGAGGCCAUUUUAAAGCUGUUGCCCCUGGAUACCUACGUCCCCUGUCCGGCUGCAGUGAUGGAUCUGGUAGACAGUGAUAAAGAGAGGUAUUUAGUCGUCCCAGUAUGGCCGACCUACACAGGGCUGCUGAUCGAAGCUGGCUGUCAUGCUCCUCUCGAGAGGGUGGAAAGAUUUGCUUUCUAUGAACGAGCCAAGAAGGCCUACGCUGUUGUGGCAACAGGGGAAACAUCUCUGUAUGGCAACCUGAUACUGAAGAAGGGGGUCAUUCCUGCUGAUGAGCUACAGUGAUGCACACACAAAUUUGUUGGUCACUGUUUCAGAUUUUAAUCAAAAAUGUCAUUCUUUCCAGUUCAAACCAAGUGAAUAUUUUUGCAUGAAACUGUAGCUUUAGUAAUUGUAAAUAUGAUCUCCAGGUUACAUGGAGCUGACAUGAUUCUGUCUUUUUGUAAAUAACAUCUUUUCAUUAAAUAAAAAACAUUCAAUCUUUAA